UUGACGGACGUUCUUGAUGGGGUGCAACGGCAGUAUGAAAGAAGCCUUAAAGGGGUUAUCCAGGAAAAGAGAAGCAGAGCUCAUUUCUACCUAAAACAGCAUCGCCCCUGUCCUUAGGCGGUGUCAAGUAUUGCAGCUCAGUUCAAUUGAAGUAAAUGGAGACAAAUUAUAAUACCCCACACAACCUAAGGACAGAGGUGGUGCUGUUUUUGGAAGAAAUUAGCUCUGGUUUUCUAUUCCUGGAUAACCCCUUUAAGGAGGGUUGGGCGCAGUCACAUCUCGUACUGUGAAUCUGGCAGCCCGAUAUGGCAGAAGAACUUUAAAACUUCCUCCUGCCGGAUCCACACAGUCAAGUGAGAGCAGCAGUCUUAACCGAAGUACUUGCAUGUCAACACAGAACACAUACCUUCAGGUUAAAGCAGAGGGAGGAGACUUAAUGUCAUAGUAUACUGCCUGAGUGACAGAUGACCCUGUCUACAGAAUGUGUAAAGAAAGAGUGAGAAGCUUCUUUUUUGUCCUUUCCUGUUUGACUAAAUUAGCAUUUCUAUAUGCCGAGGAGGAGGAUUGUAUUUUUCAUUGUGCGGUGAACAAAAGCACAAAUGUGGACUUGUCAUUUCCAAAAGAUGAAAUGAAUAUUUCUGGGCAGUGUCUCUGUACAGUGCAACAUAAUAACACAUAUGGAGGAAAGAAUUUCACAAUGGAAGAGAAGAUUAGUUUCUGUUGUAAUAAUUCUGUUUCUGAAGAAUCAUUAGCAAAAACUUUGGGAGAACCUGUAACACUCACUAUUCCUGAUUCGUAUAAAUACUCCAACUUCUCCACCAAUUGGUAUAAGGACUGUAAAGAGUAUGAGAAGAAUACAAGUGAAAUAUCAUUUAUCUCUAUACAACAAGCAGAUUCAGCUGUAUACACAUACAUUGUUACUCGUAUGUACAAUGGGGAAAACUACACUGUGUGUGGAAAGAAAUUGCUUAAAGUGAAAGCACAGAAAAAGAUGGUUUUGUUCAGCAACCGAUUUACUACAUUAAACAGACUAAAACAAAUGAGAAGAGGUCAUAGGGAAAAUAUAAAUCCAAAAAUUAUAGGCAUUGGGGAAGCAAUAGAAGAAGUAGAAAUUGGAAAAAAUCACACUUUAAAAUGUGAGGCUUCUGUAAUAAAUAAUACUACUACAGACCUUUACUGGAUAAGAGAAAACAGGACUAUUGAUGAAAAUCCUGAUGACAUUUUGGAUAAAUGCAAUAAAAAUAUGAUCACUAAAACUUGCAUAUUAAAUGAGGGAUACGACAAUCAAAUUAUGAGCACGGAAUUGUACGUAGUAAAUAUAAGUAAAGAUGAUAUUAAAUAUGCAUAUAUCUGCAGACUUCAAAGUAAUCAAGGCUUUGACAGUAGGAAAUUUCGUCUGCGAUUAAAAGAUAAGAAUCACGAUAUUUCUAAGCAGGUCUUCACAGCGUCACUUAUUGCGUCUAUCACUUGCUCUGUCUCCAUUGUAUUUCUGGUUGGCUUAUGCAUACUGUUCAGGAUACAGAUAGUUCUCUUAUACCGCAGUAUAACUGGAGUAGAUGAAACCAUUGGAGAUGGGAAAGAAUAUGAUGCCUACUUGUCUUUUGAAAGUUUUUCUACCUGUGAAUCCGAUGAAAGAAAUUUUACAUUCGAGACUCUUGCUCCAAUCUUGGAAAAUUGUUUUGGUUAUAAACUGUGUAUUUUUGACAGAGAUGUAAUUCCAGGUGGAGCUAUGGCGGAUGACAUGAACUCAUUUCUAGAAAAGAGCAGAAGAUUAAUCAUUGUCAUAAGCAAAGACUUCACUUCUUCCAAAGCAAUGUAUGAACUUGAGAGUGGCUUACACAAAGCGAUGGUGGAGAGGAAAAUUAAAGUCAUUUUAAUUGAAUUCUCACCUUUAAGCGAGCAAAGCUUCCAACUAGAAUCUCUGCAACUACUGAAGACGAAAAAUAGAGUCAAGUGGAAAGGAGAGAAGUCUCGUCCUCUCAAUUCCCGAUUUUGGAAAACAAUCCAUUACUUAAUGCCAGCCAAACCUAUAAAACCUUGUAGAAGUUAUGCACAACUAAGAAAAAUACAGACAGAUCAUAAUGGAAAAAUCUAAUUUUAUAUAGCUGGAUGAAUCUGACUUGAAAUAGGCAUAAAAUGGACCUGAUAAAAAAUAGGCAUCAGUUUUAACCCCUUGAGGAAGCAGCCAAUUCGAAUUUUAGCAAUUUUAACUCUUUUAUUUACAGACCCUCAUUUGAGGGCUUGUUUUUUGCAGGGCCAAUGGUACUGUGUAAUGGUACCCUUAAGUUUCUUAAAAAAUUAACUGCAAUAUAAAAAAAAUGACAUCAAAACUACUAAAAAAUGAAAGGGGCAUUUUUGUUUUUGAAACUACUAAACAAUUAAUGGGAUUCCUUGUUUACGCUGUUCCUUGUGCUGGAACAUUAACAUUAUAUUUUAAUAUUUUUGUCAUUUACACAUGCAGCCAUACAAAAUAUAUUUAUUUUGAUUGUUUACAUUUUUCUUUUUUUUUUUUUUUUUUUGUUAAGGGAAAACCAAAAAGGAGGUGACUUUAAAAAAAAAAAAAUUAGUAUUUUUUUUUUAUUGAGAUGAAAAAGUUAAUGUUAAACAUAUAUUUUUUAAAUAAUUGUUGGUGUUUUUUUUUUCCUAAUUUUCUAUUUGACUAAUGUAUAUUAUAAAAUGAUCGUGAAAUCUUGUAGCAUUCAUCUUAGCCACUAGGCCUUCUAAUAAGCUGACACUUCCUGUUCUGUACAGAAAGCUUUCCAGCAGUGUCCUCCUUGUCAUCGCAGUCAGGUUUAGGUGACACAAGUAUAUAGAUAAGAGAGAACCAGGCCAUUUACACUAGAUGACAGAGCUCAUCCACCCCCUCUCUGCAAAAAGACCUCUGCAUAGGUCAUAGAGCAUGUCAUGAAAACUCUCCCAUAGAAGUCAAUAGGGUUCCUUAUAGUCUUUUGUUCUUAUGAACAUGGUGCUUGUUUUAAAGCAUAUCUCUAAUACUGUGAAAAUCGGCUUGUGUAAGAUGGCUGCCCCAAUAAUAUUGUGCUAAAAUGAAUCAACCACUUUUUUAAUCAGAAAAUAAAAACUGGUUAGAAAAAAACAUGUUUUAGUAUUUGCCUCUAAUCAGUAAAAAAACAUUUUCUUUAAUAGCAGAACUGUUAUACAGUUAAGGUUUAUUUUCUUUGUAUAUAUAGGGCAUAUAAAAAAUUGUAUUCAGGAGGAAAAACUAAGAAAAACAGUUGCAUAUAAUGCAAUAUGUGAUGAAAGAAGAACUUCGCAUGCUGCAUUGUGUUAAGAAGAUACUGAGUGCUUACAGUUAAGCAAGACAUGUAAUCGUGUGACAGUCCCAAUACUUUUCACAUUGACAGAACAAUUUAGCAAUUUACAGCUAUUUUCGACUGACACAGCAGGGAGAGUAGGGCACUUAGUUUCCUUAUAUCUUCCUUCCCCCUUUUCCCAGAUCAGUCUUGAUGGAGAUAUUCCUUUAGUAAUACAUGCAGAUAAAAAGCUUGUGCUAGUUGGUAUACACUGUGGCAUGUGGUAUUUUAUUGUUAACUGGAGUUUUUUUUUAAAUUAAUAUAAAUGUUCUUUUGUACAUAUUAAGUUUUUA